AUGAACAACAACAAUAAUAAUACUCCAUUGUCAAAUCGAUCGGAUGGUACCGAUUCAGGAUCGAUUAUUUCUUCAAUUUAUUCUUCUAACAGUGUAUCAUCUACAACAACAUCAAAUAAUUCUUUAAUAAAUCGAUCAUUUCCACAACAAACUCCAAUAACAAUGAAUUCCGAUAUAGAUUCAUCUGUAAUUAAUAAUACACAUAUACAACAAAUUGAUCAACGUCGACAAAUUAUUCAUCAUCUUGCUCUUUUACUUCAUGCACAUAAAUGUCUUCAACGUGAACGACAAAUAGUUAAUAAUGGUGAUAUUCAUGACACCACACAUCAAAAUCUUUGUACAGUACCACAUUGCACAACAAUGCGUACUGUUCUUCAACAUAUGACAAAAUGUUCUGAUUUUAAAAAUUGUUCUUUUAACAAUUGUGUUCAAUCUCGUCAUAUAAUUCUUCACUGGAAGAAUUGUACAACACCAAAUUGUUUUCUAUGUGGUUCUUUAAAAAAGCCAUCUACACUUCGAUCACAAAAUCCAUCAACAAAAGAAUGGCAACAAAAUAUAAAUCAAGAUCAUCGAAGUCAUUUAGUAAGAAAAAUUACUUCAGCUUUAUUAAAUACAAUUCAACAAGAUAAUCAUCCAUUAUCACCAGAUCGUUUAGCUCUUAUAACUAAUUAUGCACAAAAAACAGAAGCUGAUACAUAUAAUACAGCUACAAGUCAUGAAGAUUAUUUUCAACGUUUAGCUGAACGAAUAUAUAAAAUUCAAAAAGAUUAUGAAGAAAAACAAAUAUUAAAAAAACAACAAGCAUUAACAACAACAUUAACAUCAAUUGAUAAAUCAGCUGGUGAACAAGGUCCACCAAAUCGUAUUGCACCACAAAUUGAUUAUUCAACAUCAUUUUCAACAACACAAAUUAAAUCUGAGUCAGAUAAUAAUUAUCAUACAAAUUCAACAACAACAACAACAACAGCAACAUUAUCAGGACCUUUUGAUCAACAUCGUAUUUCAACCGAUGGUAUUAGUCGAUUAGCUAUACAUAGUAAUAAUUCAAAUACACAUGCAGAUACAAAUGAAAGUCAUAUUGAUACAACACGUAUUAAAGUUGAAGAAAUUCCAUCUAAUCAUGAUACGAAAAUUCAAUCAACAACAAUUGUUAAAAAAGAAGAAAAAUUUACUACGGAAACAUCAAUCAAUGGUAAUAGUAUUACAAAAAUAACAGUUGAAAUGAUAUCAAGUGAAAAAACUGAUAUUGAAUCAACAAAAUCAAAUCGACCACCACCUAUUGAUGCUACAAGUAAAUCAUUACCAAAACAUUCAGCAGUUUUUUCUUCUGAAGAUAUUCGAGAAAAAAUGACACCUCUACUUCGUCAUAUGUAUGAUCAAGAAGAAGGUAUUUGGUUUCGUCAACCAGUUACAGAAGCUAUUGCACCUGGUUAUUUUGAUAUAAUUAAAUAUCCAAUGGAUUUUUCUACUAUAUUUAAAAAAUUAAAUGAAAAUCAAUAUGCAACACCAUUUCAAUUUUGUGAAGAUAUUUGGCUUGUUUUUAAUAAUGCAUGGACAUUUAAUAAAAAAUCUCACCGUGUUUAUAAAGCCGGUGUUAAACUUGCUGAUAUAUUUAUGGAUAAUGUUGAUCCAAUAAUGAAAGAUUAUGGUUAUUGUUGUGGACGUCAAUAUGUAUUUUUACCACCACCAAUGUUUUGUUAUGGUAUUAGUGGUAUUUGUUGUACAAUACCACGUGAUGGUGAUUAUUUUGUUUAUAAUAAUCCUGAUUCAUCAAGAAAUAAUUUAUCGGGUGAUAAAUAUACAUUUUGUAAAAAAUGUUUUGAUUCUGUUAAAUCUGAUUAUAUAUUAGUUGGUGAUGAUCCAGCACAAACAUUAAUUGAAUUACCUAAAAUUGAAUUUCAUCAAGCUAAAAAUGAUCAUCAAGAACAAGAAUUAUUUAUUGAUUGUAUUGUUUGUUCAAGACGUUUUCAUAAUAUAUGUGUACUUUAUCAUGAACAUAUAUGGCCAGAAGGUUAUAUUUGUAAAUUAUGUGUACAACAAUAUAAUGUUAAACGUAAAGAAAAUCGUUAUUUAGCACAUAAAUUAACAAUGACUGAUUUAGCUAAUGUAUUAGAAAAACGUGUUAAUGAUUUUCUUCGUAAAGAAUGUGAUCCAGAUACAGGACGUGUAACAAUACGAGUGUUAGCUGCAAACGAUCGAGUAUGUGAAGUUAAACCAAGAUUAAAAAAACAUUAUGGAUCACAAAUACAUGAUGGUUAUCCAUAUAGAACAAAAGCUAUAUUUGCAUUUCAAGAAAUUGAUGGUAUAGAUGUUGUUCUUUUUGGUAUGCAUGUACAAGAAUAUGAUGGUCGAUGUCCAGCACCAAAUACAAGACGUGUGUAUAUAUCCUAUCUUGAUUCUGUAUAUUAUUUUCGUCCAAAAGAAAAACGAACAGGACUCUAUUAUGAAAUUCUUAUUGGUUAUCUUGAAUAUGUCAAACAAUUAGGAUUUAUUUAUGCACAUAUAUGGGCAUGUCCACCAAGUGAAGGUGAUGAUUAUAUAUUUCAUUGUCAUCCACCUGAACAACGUGUACCAAAACCAAAACGUUUACAAGAAUGGUAUAAAACAAUGUUAGAUAUAGCGAUUAAUCAACGAGUUGUUGUUGAUUAUAAAGAUAUAAUGAAAGAUUUUACUGAGAGUGCGUUAAAUAAAGCAACUGAUAUUCCAUAUUUUGAAGGCGAUUUUUGGACAAGUACAAUAGAAGAUUUAAUUAAAGAACUUGAUAUAGAAGAAGAAGAUAGACGAAAAUUUGAAGAACUUGAAGCAGUAAAAGUAUCUGAUGAUGGAUAUUUUGAUGAUUCAAUGGAAAUUGAAGAACCAACUGAAACAUCAGAUAAACGUAAAUCAGGUGGUGGUACAACACAUAAAAAGAAAAAUUUCAAAAAAACGACUAGUCAACGUCGAAUAACUCGAAAAAAUAUGACAAAUGGAACUGAUCUUAUUUCAAAAAUUCAUGCAAUGAUGGAAAAACAUAAAGAAUCAUUUUUUGUUGUUCGUCUACGUAAUCCAAUGUCAAAUCCAGCAACAUUAACCGAUACAGAUCCAUUAAUACAAUGUGAUCUAAUGGAAUCUCGUGAUGCAUUUUUAAAUUUUGCUCGUGAAAAACAUUGUGAAUUUUCUUCAUUACGUCGUGCAAAAUAUUCAACUAUGGUUUCAUUAAUUGAAUUACAUUCAUCAACAGCAGAUAAAAUAUCUUAUACAUGUAAUUCAUGUCGACAAUUAUGUGAUAUUCGUUAUCAUUGUACAGUAUGUGAAGAUUAUGAUUUAUGUAGUAAAUGUUAUACAACAAUAAAACAUGAACAUCGUAUGGAACGUUCAGAUGAUACAAAUGAAACAAAAACAAAUUCAGAUACAACAAUUAAUAUUCAACAACAAAGACAAUUAACAAUGCAACGAAUGUUAGAUGCUAUACGUCAUGCUGUACAAUGUCGAAAUGCAAAUUGUAUAUAUAAAAAUUGUGCCGUAUGUAAAAGAUUACUUCAACAUACUAAAGAAUGUACAAAAGCAUCAAGAAGUCAAUGUCAACAUUGUAAUAAAUUUCUUUCACCUAUUUGGCUUCAUGCUAAAACUUGUACUGAUCAAAAUUGUUUAUUACCUUUUUGUGCAACUUUUAAAAAUAAAAUUCAACGACAACGUGCAGCAACUAUGCAAGCUGAUCGAAGACGUAUUAAAGCUAUGCAUCGAGCAAAAAUGGGACCAGGUCCAUCACCAAUUAAUUCACAAAAUUCUGAACCAACAACAUCUGGAAAAUAUCAUCAUUCAAUGGAAUCAGCCUCACCAAGUUCAACUGGCAAAAUGAUGCCAUCAAGUGGUAAACCUUCGUCUAUGAGUAGUUUAGUUCGUACUAAUUUAUCACAACAAUUACCAUCUCAACAACAACAUUCUGUUUAUUUUAAUGGUGGCAAAGGUAAUCCAACUGGUGGUAAUAAUAAUAAUAAUAAUAAUAGCGGAUAUCCAAUGAUGAUGACGACACAUCCUCAACAAACAUCACAACAAUGGAUUUCAUCACAACAACAAAUUCGAUAUGCAUCACAAGGAGGAAAACCAAUGGCUUAUGGUCAACAAAGAAUACCUUAUGGAGGUGAUCCAUAUAUGAUGAGACAACCAACACCACAGGUAUCAUCAUAUCCAUAUUCAUCAAAUAUAGCUCCACAAGGUUAUUCAUAUUCUCAACCAAUGGAUGUUAAUACAUUAGGUACAGUACGAAGUGGAUCACCGAUGUUGCCACAACAACCACAGCAACAACUACCUAAUCGAUAUCCAAUCAAUUCAUCUUAUAGUCAACCUAUACCAAUGUCAUAUCCACAACAAUCGUCAGUGCCAUCAAUAUCACAUCGAUCUCUUUCACAAGGUACGCCUCCAAAUUAUUCAGUGUCAUCAAACAGUGUUGUUAAUAAUAAAUCAAAUUUAAUUGAUUCAAUUGAAAUAAAAACUGAAGAUAGUUUUGAUGAUCCAUCAAAAUUACAAACAUCUCAAUCACAACAACAACAACAACAACCAAUGUUUCAUCCAUUAUUACAAUCUUGUUCACGUCCACAAUCAACAUCCUAUUAUCCAAAUAUGCCACCAACAAAUAAUACUUAUUAUAAUUCACAACGUCCAAUAACAGCAUCACCUGAUUAUAAUAUGUCUGUAGGACGUGGUAUUCGACUAACAUCUGUACCAACAAAUGCUUAUGGAACAUUACCAGUUCAACAACGAAUUUUUGUUCCACCUUCAACAAGUGAUCUUACAACAGGUAUUAAUAAUAAUAAUAAUAAUAAUAAUAAUAAUACAAUAGGACUUCAAUCAACACCACCUCCAUCAUCUGUAAUUCCUCACUAA